AUGGCUUUACAUGAAGCUUUAAUAGCUUUACAAACUGGAUGUAGUGGUUUAUUAACAUUAAAACAAGAUGAUCCUUAUUUUAAAAAACGUCUUCCAACAAUUCCAUAUGUUCAUCAAGGUGAAUUAGAAAUUUUAGAUCGACUUACACAACUUGGUCAACAUUAUCGUACACUUGAUGAAUAUAUUCAAAAUAUUUUUAAAGAUAAAAAAAGUGGUUUAUAUAUAUUAAGUUUUGCUUUUGAAUUACGUUCAAUUCUUCAAACAUAUCUUAAUUGUUUAAAACAACUUGAACAUGAAUGUCUUAUUGAUACAUCAUUAACAUUAUCACAUCUUUUAAUAUCAUUAACUGAUUAUAAUCUUUUAUUUCCUUCACUUGUUUCAUUAAUAAAUAAACUUCAAACAAAUGGUUAUCGUGGUUGUCAAAUUCUUGAUAUUAUACGUCGUUAUACAUUAGAUGGUAAUAUAAUACUUUCAUCAACAAUGAAAAAAUUAUUAUGUUCAUGUCAUAAGAUAUUUAUUAAACAAAUAACAUCAAUAUUAACACGUGGACAAAUUUAUGAUGAAUAUGAUGAAUUUUUUAUUGGAUUAAAUAAUAAUAUUAAUAUUGAAGCUAUGGGUAUGACAACACCAAGUAUAUCACGUAUGACAUCAACAAUAACAAGUCGAUCACAUUCACCAGAUAGAGAUAAACAAUUUAAUUUACAAAUGCCUCAACAAAAUCCUACAAUAACACCUGGUUAUAGUCAAUAUCAAUUAAUACCUGAUAUGCUUCCAUCAUAUAUUCCACUUCAAUUAGCUGAUAAAAUUUUAUUUAUUGGUGAAUCAUGGCUUAUAUUAAAAACAAAUGAUGAAGAUAAUGAUAAAAAUUUUUUAUCAAUAAAUUCAAUUGAUUAUGAUGAACAAAAUCAUCGUGUACAACAACAAUUAUAUGCAUUAACACUUUCGGAUGAUUUUAAUAUAUUUGAAUUAGAACGUAUUAUUGAAUAUACAAGAAUUGAUUUAUCAUUAACAUUAAGAAAUUUAUUUGUUGAUCGUUUUCAUUUAUGUAAUGAACUUGAACAAAUUCGAGGUUUUUAUUUAAUUGAACAUGGUGAACUUUUUUCAUUAUUUGUUAAUCGUACAAAUCAAUUAUUAUUAAAUAUUAAAAAAUCUACAAAUGCUAUUGAAAAUGAUAUAAAUGAAAUUUUUAAACAAUGUUUAAAUGAUUUACAUUUAGAAACUAUAUUAACAAAUGUUGAUAAAUUUAAAUUUAAACUUAAUUUUUCACAUAAUGAUAAUUCUACACAAGAAACAAGUACAGGAUGUCGUCGUUUAUUAUCUCGAGUUCAAGGUAUAUCAGAUAAUUCUAAUAAUUCAUUUGAUUUUUGGUCAUGUGGUUGGGCAAAUUUAUCAAUUCAAUAUAAUGUUAAAUAUCCAAUGAAAGCAUUUUUUAGUGAAAAUUCCAAACAACGUUAUAAUGAUAUAUUUCAUUUAUUAAUUAUUUUACGUUAUGUUCAAAAUGAAUUAAAUAAUUUAUGGUUAAUAUUAAAAAAUCAACAUAAAAAUUCUUUAAUAUUGCAUUUAAGAAAUGCAAUGUCUUUUUUUAUAAAUAAUUUUCAAUAUUAUAUUCAAAUUGAUGUAUUAGAAUAUAAAUAUCAACAAUUAAUACGUUCAAUAUUAUCAAGUACUGAUUUUCAAAAAAUUAAAUAUUUACAUGAAGUAUUUUUAUCUGAUAUUCAACAACAUUCAUUUAUGCUUUUAGCAACAGCAUAUCAAUCAAUAAGAAAUAUUUUAUCAAUAUGUGUUUCAUUUUGUUUAACAGCAAAACAACAAGAAAAUAAUAAUAAUUUUGAUGAAAAUAUUUUACGACAAUUUGGACGAGAUUUUAAUGAUGAAAUAAGACUGUUAUUUGGAAUAUUAGGAAUGGUUCAAAAACAUAAUGCUUUACCACAUUUAGGUGUUUUCUUAACAAGACUUGAUUUCAAUAGAUUUUUAACAAAUAAUAAUGGAUCAUUUGGAGAAUUCUAA